AGCUGCUUAUUAGAGAGGAAAAUCAUGGAGGGUCAUCAUCUUUCCGAGAAUUUGAAACCUUUCUUUCACAGAGCCACUGAAGCUCAGGAGCGAUUGGCUAGGCUUGAAGCUGCUCUUGCGUCGACCAAGACAGACAUUCCGGAUGCUAAACUUGUGGAGGAGAACAAACAAAUUCAGUCAAAGCUCGAAGAAGCUAACGUCACGGUGAAGCAAGAACAGACUAAGGUGAAGGAGUUGACCAUUGAAAACGCGAAGCAAAAGUACCGUAUAUUGCAUCUUGUGCGGGCGCUAAGGGAAGCAGAUGAGAAGCUUGAGAAACUCUCUAAAUGAUUUCAUUCUUCUUGUGAUUCCUUUUCUUUAACAUCCUUACUAAAGAAAAGUUUUCCUACUUUAACUGACAAGAUAUCAUAAUGGAUUGAUUGUUUGCCACUCUUAUCUCGUUGUGUGUGUGUGUGUGUCAUAAGCAAAUCUGCAGUUUGUAGCUAAGCAAUGUCUAUACAUGUCAUCCCGAGGAAGAGUUGAUUAAAGUUUACUCCACAUU